CAUUGGCCAAGUUUUUGCAAACAAGGAAACCCUCCAACAAGCAGUAAGCCUUCACUCAAUAAGAUACAAUCAACCUUUCAAGGUAAAAAGAUCAUCAAAACUAGACUAUAAACUAGUCUGUAUUGAUGAUAACUGCAACUGGACAUUCUUAGCAUCAAAACAUGGAAAGACUGACAUGUUUAUCAUAAGAAAAAUAGAGCAUACUCAUACAUGUUCAUUGGACAUCACUUCUGGAGACCAUCCUCAAGCUACAAGCAACCUGGUUGGAAAGGUUAUAAAAAACAAGUUUGUAAACCCAAAAAGAGAUUACACUCCAACAGAAAUUGUGGAUGACAUGGCAGAUGAUUACAGUGUCUCUAUAUCUUACCAAAAAGCAUGGAGAGCUAGAGAAAAGGCAAUUGUGGAUGCUCGUCGCUGCCCACAAGAAUCAUACAGUGAGAUACCAUCAAUUUUAUACAUGAUGCAAAUAUCAAACCCAGGAACAAUCACAGACCUAGUAACAGAUGAAGAUAACAAAUUCAAAUAUCUAUACUUUGCAGUAGGUGCUUCAAUAAAAGGUUGGCAACACUGUACACCAAUAAUAGUCACAGAUGGAACCUUUUUGACAAACCAACAUGGAGGCACUUUGUUGAUAGCAAGUGCACAAAAUGCAAAUAGACAUAUAUUCCCACUUGCAUUUGCAGUAGUAGAUUCCGAAAAUGACAGCUCUUGGGAAUGGUUUCUUCACAAAAUAAAGGAAACUUAUGGCGAAAGAGAAGGUCAAUGCAUCGUAUCAGAUAGACAUGAGAGUAUACUAAAAGCAGUAAAAGAGACCUUUCCAGAUAUAAUGCAUGGGGUAUGUUGUUACCAUUUGAUGAAGAAUAUAAAAAUGAAAUUCAAAAAAGGAGGUGAUGAGCUCAAGAUUGCAUUUAAUAGUGCAUCUAAAGCUUACAACAUAGAAGAUUUUGAAAAGAGCAUGCAAGACUUGGACAAUAUAGAUGUAAGAAUAAGAGAUUACUUGGUGAAUGAAAUUGGUGUCGAAAAGUGGACAAGACUAUAUGGCAUGAACAGGAGAUACAAAACAAUGACAUCAAAUAUUGCCGAAUCAGUCAAUGCAGCCUUGAAAGCAGUAAGAGACCUACCCAUCGCAACUCUACUAGAAUGCCUACAUUCAUUGGUGCAAAGAUGGUAUUGGGAAAACAAGAAUAGAGCCCAAAAAACUACAACAACACUGGCAAAAAUACCUGAAAAAACAUUAAAGAAACAAAGAGAUAUGAGUUUAAAGUACAAGGUUGAAACAGCAAACCUUCUGGUAUACCAAGUACACGACAACAACAGAUCUCACAUAGUAAACUUGGAGAAUAAAACAUGCAGCUGCCAACGAUUUGAAUAUGAUGAAAUGCCUUGCUCUCAUGCAAUGGCUGUACUAAGCAAAAGGAACCUGUCUUGCUACAAAUAUUGCUCAUACUACUACACGAAAGAAGCUUUUAUGGCAACAUAUGAAGACAGUAUACUCCCAUUAGGUGAGGCAACAUCAUGGAAUAUACCAGAUUUAAUAAGAAAUAUUGUAGUCCUCCCACCUAAACAUAAGAGAGCUGCCGGAAGACCAAAGAAACAACGAUACAAAAAUGGACUUGAAGCAAAAGCACAAGUGGUAUGCGGUCAAUGUCACCAGAGAGGACACAACAAAAGAUCAUGUAAAAAUGACCCAGUACUAAAACCACCAAGAAAAAGAAAAAGAUCAUAA